AUGGUUUUCUAUGCAUAUAUAAAACAUCUCACGGACAACUGGAGCUCUCGAUAUCUCAUUACCUUCGCUAGCCGCGCAGUUGCCGAUGAGUGGUGGCGUGCCGUGUCCACUUCCAACACUAGUUUCAAGGACGGCAUUCAGCGUGUCGACGCCCAGUUCUAUACCCAUAACACAGGCCUGGCCAACGCCCCUGACUCUCUCACCACUACUGGGGUUGCGACUCAAUUCCUUGGAAAGGUGUUUUUCACCUUGCUGAACGACUUGAAUUUAGGUAGUCGCGGGUUGAACAUCAUCCCGCCACUUGAUCAUUUUGUAGACCACAUUAGCGGGAACUCUUUCUUCAUUCGCUCUAAAGUCACUCCUUACGACUAUUGGUACUAUCCUCAAUCGCGCAACGCGACAAACUCGGUCUAUGUUUCGCGCACCGAACGCACUCGCUUCACUAUUAGUCGCACCGACAGAGGUGCUGCAGGGAUCAUUAUGAUUGGCUCUGACAAGAUCACCAUCGGUUUGACCACCUUCAAUUUGUUCGUUAACGUCGAGGUCACCAUCGGUCAAGUAAUUCUUUCACAUGCUCCGUCGGAGUUGACAUUUAGUGCACUUCUGAGCAACUUCACCGUUGGACCUACCUCGUUUAUCAAUGGUGAGAGCGUGAAGGAGCUCCUCCACAGUAGGAAUGGAGAGGAGUGGGAACUCGCUUGA